UAUUUUUUUUUGUCUAAAACCAUCAAAAGUUGUCAUGUAAGAUUUUUAAAUGCACGCUGAAGCUCGUAAUGAAUGUAAAUCCAACUCGUUUCUCCAGUAAAAAGUCGAAAUUUUUCCUUCUUUGUGUUACUUUUACAUUCCUGCAACGUUUCUGUGCCUCACAUGACGUUGAGCUCAAAUCUUACGUUAAAGGCAAAAUGUUAAUCUUAUUUUCCGCUAACACUUCUUAAUUUUGACUUUUAUUAAUCUAAAGCAACAAAAUUAUUGUAAUUGUGGAAUAAAUUAUCCCAGUAAUGUAAUUUGCUCCUCUGCUCCGCAGUCUGUUACUCCGAGCUUCAAUUUCUCCUCCUCUGAGUCCAGUUCUUCCUCUCACCUAAUCUCUCCUCUUCUUCAUGAUUCUCUCUCUUUUCUUACACCCUCCUCCCCACCCUUCGUCGCCUCGUCCCAGCGUCCCUCAUGCUCCUCAUCUUCAUGCCUCCCUCUCUUGUGCAUUCUUUCAGCUUGGUGCUGCGGAGACGGAUCACAAAUGCCUUUUCUUUGCUCUGACUUGGGAAUAACGCUCUUCUUCGCCACAUGAGGAUGAAGUCAAUCAACAAUACGAAGGAAAAACCAAGAGGACAGGAAGACGGAUGAAAUUAUAAUGAGGAAGAGUAGGAUGAAGUUUUGAAAAAAAACCUGGAGAGGGAGAGCGGAGGUUUGUGAUUCGUCUGUGUCCCUGUUAUUCUCUCUCUCCGUUCUUCGUCUCCUCCUUCAUUCAGUACCUGUUCAGUAGGAUUAACAUGACUUAAAAUUCAAUCAGCCCACAGCCUGACGGAAGAGCGUCAGUGCAGGCAGACAGAGCGCUGCUGCAGCUGUCGAGACCGACUGAGGGGCGAGAGCAGCGAGGAGGAGGAGGAGGGGUGUUGGGAUAGACAGAGAGAGAUAGAGAGAGGGAAAAAACGAAGAAGAGGGGGGAGAGAGAAAGUGAGAGAGAGAGAUGGGUGUUUUUCUGCGGAGCUGAGAUAGAGCGAGAGGCGCGGAGACGGAGAGAUGUGACUGCUCCAGGAGUCACGGAGGAAUGAUCCAGAAAACAAGAUUUCUAACGAUACGUCCGUCUCGACAAUCCCGCUUCCCUCAAUUUCCACCCAAGGUCAUGAGGAACGACUAAGUCAGAGUCGGGGAGUAAAUGUGCAUCGCACCGAGCGGGCAGGAAAUCACAGCUGGAAGUGGAGGGGAUGAAAGAUAAAAGACAAAGAAUGAACAGGAAUGAAAACCAGGAGGGAAGAAGCAAAGUUGAGCACGGCCAGGAGGAAAUCACAUCAAGACGCCACAAAUCGGAUUUUUAGCAAAGUGGAUUCUUGGAUCUCUUCAAAUUUUUGGAAUACGGCGCCGGAAUCAAGCAAGCAAAUCAGGAUUUUCCAGGUUUUUCUCAGUCUAUAAAAACCUAAGCGGAUAUCGUGGGAUUGGGAUUUCUUCAACUCUCUGAUUUCAAGAGGUUGACCUACAUCAGCCUUUUCCCUUUUUGCUGUGCGGAGGAGUGAGUGGGACAGGUUUCACCAGUAAAAACACAACCCGCCCAGCCCUGGGCUGGCCUCGUAUCAGCACAAACACCUGAGGCGAGAUCUGUGCUCAACACUGACACACAUCCUCAUCCACACACACAAAACACACAGACCUAAACCUGGAUAACAUGUGGAGCUGAUUUGGAUUAUAGAGGCGCACAGACGGAAAAGGUAACUGUGGGGCAGAAGCUUCUGGACUAAAGUUAACCACCACCACUUUGUUUUCCUCUUUUGUGAGAAUAAAUAAAAUGAACCUGAGUGUGUCUGUCAUGAAGUCAACCUACUGGAUCUGAGACGAACAUAGACGGGCUACAUAUAUAGUUUUACCGUAGCAAUUUAAAACACUGCUUAGCGGACUACAUAGCGACUGGUCUGUGGAAAGGCAGGCGAUCUACCAUGCUUGUCCCCCCACCCCUCCAUCCCUGCAGACAAUUGCACCUGCCCCGUACACAACUCCACCCAAAACAAAAAGCAGAGGGAUCAACACUUCCCUCUCUAUUCCCUUCAUCCAUCCUCUCCCUCUCAUUUCUCCCCCCUCUAUUCAUCUCAUCACUGUCCUCCUCAUCCCACCUCCUCCACUGUGCCUGCCCCAGGACUUCUACCAAACGAACCCUUCCAGAAUCCGUCACUUUCCCGGUGUUUCACUGGCUGACGCUGGUCACAUGCUGCCUGCUGCCCUCUCUGGUUGGAGCAGGGGAGACGUGGGGCGUCGUUUCGGCCUGCCCGUUCCACUGUGUGUGUCGAAACUUAUCGGAAUCGCUCAGCACGCUCUGCGCCGAUAAAGGCCUGCUCUUCGUACCGCCGCAUGUCGACCGGCGAACGGUGGAGCUGCGACUCGCAGACAACUUUAUAACAGAGGUGGGCGGGAGUGACUUUGUCAACAUGACCGGACUGGUUGAUCUGACACUGUCGAGGAACACAAUCCACCUGAUUCGACCUAUGGCCUUUGCUGACCUGGAAAGUCUGCGGUCUUUGCACCUGGAUGGUAACCGCUUGACAACGAUUGGACCUAAAGACCUUGCAGGUUUGACUAACCUGCAACACCUGAUUGUCAACAACAACCAGCUGGUGAAAGUCUCCGUCGAGGCUUUUGAUGACUUCCUACUAACUCUAGAGGACCUCGACAUGUCCUACAAUAAUCUUCGGAGGGUGCCAUGGGAGUCUAUUCAAAACAUGGCCAGUCUCCACACUCUGAACCUGGACCAUAACCUAAUAGACCACAUAGCAGAAGGAGUCUUUGGAGAGCUUUAUAAGCUGGCGCGGCUGGAUAUGACCUCCAACCGGCUCAGAACUCUGCCACCUGAUCCGCUCUUUGCAAGAUCACAGACGGGAGCAAUUAGUCCAACUCCCUACAAUGCUGUCAUAAGCCUGAAUUUUGGAGGGAACCCACUCCACUGUAACUGUGAGCUGCUGUGGCUGAGAAGGCUAAUCAGAGGGGACGACAUGGAGACAUGCGCCACUCCUACACACCUGGCUGGAAGAUAUUUCUGGUCGAUCCCCGAGGAGGAGUUUACGUGCGAACCACCUCUCAUCACCCGUCACACCCACAAGCUGUGGGUGCUGGAGGGACAGCGUGCCACUUUAAAAUGCCGUGCCAUCGGAGACCCUGAGCCAAUAGUCCACUGGGUUUCUCCAGACGAUCGCAUUGUUGCCAACUCUUCCCGGACCAGCUCCUUCAGCAACGGGACUCUGGAUAUCUUGGUGACGGUCGCCCGGGAUGAUGGAGCAUACACAUGUAUUGCGAUAAAUGCAGCAGGUGAAGCUACCGCUACGGUGGAUUUGAAAAUAAUUCCCCUGCCUCACCGAGGCGGGGUCAGUGGAAACACUGGGGUUAACGCCGUUAACGGAAAAAACAACAGGAGUACGACCAAUGGGAUUUUACGGACAGAUCCGGGUUCGUCGGAUAUCAGCACGGGGAAAAACGGAGGGAUUAACAACGGCGUGGGACGCGGAGCAGAGUCCGACGGUGGGAGUUUAGGAGAGGGAGAGGCCAACGAAGGAGAGAGCGGAAAAUCCUCUGAGGGAGAGAGGGUUGAUGGAGGAAGCAUGGAGGAUGACGAGGGGGGCGAGGAGGAGGGCAGGAUGGUUGGAGUACAGGGAGUGACCUCCACCUCGGCUCAGGUGCGAUGGGAUUUGGGACGUUUCUCUGAAGCGUACGUUGUGUGGAUGUAUCAGAUACAGUAUAACUGCACUGCAGACGAGACCCUCAUCUACAGGAUCCUCCCAUCAACCAGCGACCGCUUCCUGCUGAAGAACCUGGUUUCUGGGGUGGACUACAACCUGUGUGUGCUGGCCAUUUUUGACGACACAAUCACUUCACUGGCUGCAACAAAAGUACUGGGGUGCACCUCCUUCUCCACCAAGGAUGUUUACCCGGCGUGCCGCUCGCUCCAAGCCCACUUCUUGGGUGGGACGCUCACCAUACUGGUGGGCGGCGUCGUCGUGGUCACCCUACUCGUGUUUACCGUGGCGCUCAUGGUCCGCCAUCGGGUUUGCAACCACGGCGACCACAUGUUCUGUCAAAACGGCAACACGGAGGCUGGAGGUGGGGCCUGCUGCCAGGGUGGAGUGGGCGGAUGUGGGGACAAAGGGGGAAACGGGGGCGGGUGUUAUCAGUCCAACGGCUCUGGAGACGUGAUGAUGGUGGUCCUUCCCAACGGCCUGCCCUCUAAGAGAGGAGGGGAGGCGGCGAAAGACAAGGACAAGGAGAAAGACGGAGCCGAUUCCGCUUCCCCUCUGCCUCCCAAACUGCCCCCGAAGCCCCGGCCAAAGCCGAGAGUCAACCUGGAGCAGUUCCUGUCAGCGGGAGGGGUGGUUUCCACGACGACAGGGGCGGGGAGCGAGAUGGCCUUGGUGGUGAGGCAGAGGAAGGCACUGCUGCACAACCUAGAAAGUGAAAGAACUCCCCUCUACUACUCCCCCUCUCCUUCAUCCACACUGCCCCGGCAGUCUCGUUCCAGGGACCGCCCAAAUCCGCGCCUGGAGCGAGAACUGACAAACCGAGCCAGCUUCUCUCUGGCUGCCCCCCUGAGAGACUCGGAGCUGCUGGACUGGAGAAUCACACCCAGAGGCAGGGACAAAUGGAACUCCUCGCAGGCUUAUCAGAGCCCCGUCUCCCCUCUGAGCCCCGCCGGUGGGACAGUUGGCAAGCGGCGACACUCGCUCGACAUGGGCUCCUCUGUUGCCUUAGCAACCGAUGCGGCCGCAACUGUUGCCAGGCGCUACGGCGCCGUGAGCUGUGCCAAGCGUCUGAGCGUGAUCUGGACCAGACGGAGCCAGUCCCUGCACGGGAUGCUGGUGCAGUGCGCGUCGACGACGAGCGCCGCCUCGUCGAUGACCAGCGACGAGGGCGAGAGCGUCGGGGGACUCGGAGGUCCCGAUUUCAAACAUGGAUACAUCCACGCCUAUAACACCACCAACUCAAACUCAAACACUGGGACGAGCGGUGGGAAAGCAAAAGAGAGGAGUAAGGAGAAGGAGAAAGGUGGUGAAGAUCUGGAAGAAAGCGUGGUGUAGUCUGGAAAAGGCAGAGCAGGAAAAAGUUAAAGGCUUAAGGCAGGACGGUGAUUCAGGAAGGUGAUUAGAGGUGAAAUUAGAGGAGCGGAAAAUUAGAGAGGUGGGAUCAGAAUGAAGGAGAGGAGUCAGACUGAGUCACAGCCAAUUUAUUGCCCAGCAAGAAGUCCAGGAAAUUACAUAGAAGAUGGGAAGGAAAAAUUUUAAUUAAAUACUUUGGGUAAGAUGAAAAGAGUAAUAAUCAAAAAUCUAGACAAAGAGAGGGGCAAACAAUAUAAGAAGUAUGCGGCCGCAAAGAAAUCUAAUCAUGAAUCAUAAAAAAAGCAUCAGAAUGAAGGUUAUGUGGCAGAGUCAGGGUGAGCGAAGCUUACGGCAACAAAGCUGCGGUUCUCCAGAGUCCACCCACCCACCAACUCAACAAGCACCAUCAAGUGGAUUUAAACUGCCUCAAAAACAAUACCGCUGCUUCUGGAGGCUGCUGCAUUAUUUUGGCUCUCACUUCCAACACAGACCACCUUUCUGAGACGCUUUCCCAAAAUAAAAAUAAAACAAAAUAACUAAAAGAAGCACUGACUGUGAAAGAAGUGUCCGGGUGAGGAUUAUUAGGCCGUGUGCGCCUCUGGAUUAUGGGAGUAUAAAUACAGAGCCUGGUGCAAUGGACAUGAUCAAUCGAUACGGGGGUGGAAAAGAGAGGCAGUGGGACCACAGAUGCUAAAAGAAAAGUAUUGGGAUCACAAGUCAAUAUGGAUUACAAAAUGGAGGAGACGCGGGCCUGAUGGAACAUGUGAGUGUCCAUUUCUGAAAGAAGAUCAUGCUGCAUGUUGGAUAAUGGAAAGAAAGGAAUCAUGGUAAUGGGUGCAUAAGUGUUGGUGGAACAGACUGGAUGUGUAUUUGCAGACAGGGUCAAUCCAGUAACACACCAUCAGUUUAUAAAAAACAGGAAAAAAAAGAAGAACAACACGUUUAGUGCUUUCUGGGCAUGCUGGAGAAAGCAGGAAUUUGCACAAUUAUGAUAAGAGGUGUCCUAUCCAAACUGAAGUGCAACGUUUAAAGUUCAAAUGGAUACUUUCGGCACCGUAGCAUUGUCAGAGAGCACAAACUGGUGGAAAAAAAUCUAAUUUUCAAACUCAUUUUGUGUGACUUUUAGACUUAUUUGUGUCACAAGGGUUCAAAGUUUAAAACCAAACUGCUGAAUGUUGAAAAGGAGCCAGAAAAAUAAUUACAGAAUCACUAACAUUCACAGAAAGACUCACUUGAGACUCUUAAAUGCUUUCAAAAUAAAAUAAAAAAUAAAAAAUAAAAAUCAAGAGAAAACAUGAAAGUACAAAAUAUAUAUAUAUGGCAUAUAUAUAUAAAAAUGUUACUUGUUGCACCGUGUGUUUCUGUUUUUCUGAGGAAUGAUGUUAGGAGCAGAAUUUGAAGUGUGUGAUUUAUUUUUGUUCCUUUUAACAUCAAUAAUUCAUGAUUAGAACAAAAAACGUUAAUACUUGACGAAUAGUAAAGCUCAAGAGGAAAAUAAAUAAGCACAGAACAAAAACUGGAAAACGCGUACAUCCCAGUACACGGCCUCAAACUGAUGCCUAUAAAAACAGAGCCAGUUAGAUUUAUAAUGUUGACUUUUACUCAACAAUGGGUUUUUUUUUUCUGUUUUAUUAUUUCAUUUUUGCCAAAGUCAAUAUUGUUCUCUGGACUUGAUAUAAAUAAAAAUUACAUGUAUGGAAAAGA